UCAGCUCCAGCGUCACCUCUUGCGUCGCCUCUUUAAAUAUAAAGUGAAUUUUUCCGAGUAUUGAGGAAGUGCUGCUCCUCAUGACAGCGGCUGGACGGUGCUUCUACAGCCGACCAAUGUGACAGAGACACGGGACGUUUUCUGCAGCUUUCUUUUCUCCGUCCUGGAGCUUGUUUUCUGUCCGGAUCCAGGAGGAAGGACUGAAGAUCCGCAGGUUUUUACUGAAUUAUCCAAACAUCCUGCACCACUGAUGGCAAAGAUGAGUUGGACGUCUGGGACUCAGUGUGUCGCUAAAGGAGACCAUCGUAAAGCCAAACCAGGAGAACUGGCGUACCGUAAAGGAGACGUUCUCACGAUAAUCAACGGCAGCUCGAGGAAGGGAUACUACGAGGCCAAACACAACAGAACAGGAGAGGAAGGACUCAUCAGCUCCAGUAACGUUCGAGAAAGAGAAGCUCUGCGGGUGGAUCCCAGCCUCAGCCUGAUGCCCUGGUUUCACGGGAAGAUCUCCGGUCUGGAGGCGGUGAACAAGCUGCAGCCGGCUGAAGACGGUUUGUUCCUGGUCAGAGAAAGCAUCCGGCAUCCAGGAGAUUACGUUCUGUGUGUCAGCGUCUGCGGUGAAGUUAUCCACUACCGAGUGAUUUACCAGGACAACAAGCUGACCAUCGACAACACGCAGUUCUUCUACAACCUCAUCGACAUGAUCGAGUUUUACUCAAAGAACAAAGGUUCCAUCGCUACGACUCUUCUGAAGCCCAAACAGAAACACGGAACCAAGUCAGCAGAACUGGAGCUGUCCAAGACUGGCUGGUUGCUGGACAUCACAAAGCUCACGCUGGGAGAGAACAUCGGAGAAGGAGAGUUUGGUGCGGUGUUUGAAGGCGACUACAUGGGCCAGCGAGUGGCAGUGAAGACCAUCAAAUGUGACGUUACGGCUCAGGCCUUCCUGCAGGAAACCACAGUGAUGACGAAGCUGCAGCACAAGAACCUGGUGCGGCUGUUAGGCGUCAUUCUGCACAAAGGGCUGCACAUCGUCACGGAGCUCAUGACCAAGGGAAACCUUGUGAACUUUCUCAGGACCAGAGGACGUUCGGUUGUAAACUCUGCUCAGCUAUUUCAGUUCGCCCUGGAUGUGUGUGAAGGGAUGGAGUAUCUGGAGUCCAAGAAGUUCGUCCACAGAGAUCUGGCGGCUCGUAACGUCCUGGUUUCUGACGACGGCGUUGCCAAAGUCAGCGACUUCGGUCUGACCAAGGUCGACUCCAAGGCGUCGGAUAAAGCCAAGCUGCCGAUUAAAUGGACGGCGCCAGAAGCUCUGAAGAAAGAGGUCAGUUUACAAAGAUGA